UACUGCUGUUAUUGCAGCGUGCUGCUAUUGCUGUUACGCGGCGUGCUGCACGCUCGGGUGUCCGGGAUGUGCUGCUUGUCCGUGCUCAGGAGCCGCUGUCUGACUGCUCACGGCUGUUAUUCCGCAUUUCUGCUGCUGCUUCGGAGCGGUUGUCUGUGCACCUAUGGGUUCAUUUCCCCGCGUGCCCUCAGCUGACUGCUCACCAUUUCCAUAAAAGUACCCAGGAAAACACCUUGGCAGCUCUUACACAUCAGGCAUUGUUCAGCGCCUCGGCUUUAGUCCUCAUACCUCAGCAGAAAAAGCUCUGACAGUGCUGCUUUGCUAAAGGCUGCUCUCUUAUCGAUUAACCUUGGAGCUGUCAGCAUUCUGAAGUUUAUUUUGAUUCGCCGUUUAUCUCCACGGUCGAUAGUUGGCGUUUUGCAUGCUCGGCUCGGAUCUGCGGUCGCUGCUGUAAUGUAUGCCACGUGCUGCAUUUGCAGAAAGGUCUCUGUCACCUCUAGCAAAGAGCAAAUCCCAUUCUUGCAUUGCUCAGAGCUCAGCCUUUGUCUCACACUGCAGUGUUUUUGGUGGAGGUGCAGCUCAGGGCACAGCCUGGCCAGCGAACAGCUGUGUGUUCAGUGCUGUCCCGUGACCCGAACUGCGGUAGAAAGCAAACGAAGACAUCCUUUAAACUAAUCUUAGAGGCUGUAAAUCCUUCAGAUAGAACCCAUAUCUGAAUUGGACGGAGGUUAAAAAGAAACUGACAUCCAUGCAGUUCACUCUUAUCACCUACUUUAGCAUAUUAGAUUAACAGUGCUACCAGAGCGAGACCAAGUCCAAAUAACAUGCUGGACAACCUUUAUUCUCUUGAAAUGCCAAUUUUCACUUCCUCCUUUGCACGUACCCAAAUAGCUUGGAGGAAUCACGUUGCUCCAUAUUAAGUCCAUGAUAAAUAACAAUUAGCAGUAACAGCUGAGAAUUAAAAACUCUUUCCUCAGUAGGAAAUACUUUGCGUUAGUCAAGAGAAAGUGUCAGUGGAAACAGUAGCAGUCUCAAAUAUGGAAAUGAAGCAACGGGAACAGAGAUGAAAUGGCACCAGGCUGGGAGGGGAGUUAGGAAUGUUCCUUCCAGAAAAGGUUGCUUGAUAAAAAUAUAAUGGUAGGUACAAAGAAAUCAGGCAGGGACAACAAGGCACCACCAUUACUCGUGCUUGCAGAUCACUGCAAUUCUCACUACUGCUAGCUUGAAAUUCUGCUUACAAAACAGCUUCACUCAUGAGGGGCUGAGGAAGUGGUCCUCAAUUUUCCUCGCAUGGAAAAAUAAACACGGUAAGUUAUGUCAAGUAACACCCUCAUUUCUCUGAGCUUAGUUUACAAUAGGACACUGUAUAUUGGGCAAGUAGUACGGAUCGGGGCCACAUCUGCAUAAUAAAGACAACACUCCAGCACCUUACAUCUUGCAAUACUGUAAUUACAGACUUCAUGGUUGGUAAGCAUAUUUAAACACAACUGAGCCCAACCACAUUCUAACCUAUUUGCAUUUCAUCCUUGUAGAUGGAAUCAAUACCUGUAACUGUUUGAUGUAGCGACAGCUGUUGCAGUUUAUAGAUUUAGUGAGACAUGAUGAAAGCUGGACUGCUGGGCUUUGCCAAACACCCCUGUAACUCACAUGCGUUGAACAAAUACACCUUUGACCCAUUCAGUUGCAUUGGCAUCAGCUACUUUGUGCUGAAAACAUGAGUUCAUGCCUAGUAGAAACGACUUAUCUUUAAGGUAGAGCUGUCUUUUUUAUUCUCAAUACACUCUUGAUGAAAAACUCUUACCUGCAGAGCUGUAUUCUGAGCACUGGACUGAGUGACAGCAUGUGCACACGCACAGGGAGCAGUGCCAGCACUAACAGUGACACGGUACUGACUUCACAUGACUCGUCUGGGAGGGGACAGCCAACUCCUGCCUGGAAACACCCCGGUGCCGGUGCCUAAACCCUCAUAAAGUUUCCGCAGCAGUAGUGAAAGGUGAGGAGUUGUACUCUGAGCAGAAACAAAGGACCUCUCCUAGGCUACAGCCAGCGGGAGGUGAGCAAAGAGACUGAGAUCAAAGCUUUUCUAGGAACUGUAAUUGCCUUGUGAGCUAUGCAGAGCUUGGCACGAUAGGAGACCCACCAGACACAGCAUCUAGUCCCGUAUCUGACUGUACAGUGUGGCUGAUGUGCAGCUUUUGUGGAGAGCAGUAUAUUCCUCCUUUCUGAAACACUGCAAGAAGAAUACUCCCAAGACGCUUGCUAUCAUCACAAAGAUGAAGAGAGACUCCGGGUAUUCCACCAUGGCUGCACAUCAGGAGCAGGAAGAGAAGCUCUGGGCUGCUGUGAAGAUGUCUGCCCUUGUCCUUGGCUCAGCCCUGCUCAUAUUCACUGCCUUAAUGAACUCUGUUUCUUGGUGCGUGCAAAAGAUCUGCGAUACUUCAGGCUACUUUUGGCAGACAACAUGGCUGAAGCUUUACUACCUGUUUGAGGGAAGGGAAUGGUCACUUUUCCUCUUUGGGGCUGCAUUGGUUCCUAGCCUUGCUUUUUGGUGCUUCAAUGGAAUCCUUAUGGUGGCUGAUGUAACAGGAAAGCCAACUUUCAUUACUCGGUAUCGCAUUCAGCUGGGCAAGAAUGAUCCUGUGGACACACAGAAAUUGCGACAAGCCAUCUACACAGCGCUGUUUAAUCAGUUCUUUGUCUCCCUUCCCAUGCUCGUGCCCAUGUUCUAUGUAAUGAAAUGGUGGGGCAACACCUUCAGCAAGGAAUUACCCACUUUCCAAUGGUUUCUUGUGGAGCUGAGCAUCUUUACCUUAAUAGAGGAAAUCCUCUUCUAUUAUUCACACAGGCUCGUUCAUCUCCCACUCCUGUACAAGCACAUCCACAAGAAGCACCACGAAUGGACAGCCCCCAUUGGCGUGGUCUCCAUUUAUGCUCACCCAUUAGAACACAUACUCUCCAACACGCUGCCUGUCAUGACUGGCCCAAUGCUCAUGGGGUCUCACAUGGUUUCAAUCACAGUGUGGUUCUCCCUUGCUCUUGUAACAACGAGUAUUUCGCACUGCGGUUACCACCUGCCCUUCCUACCAUCACCAGAAUUCCACGACUUCCAUCACCUCAAGUUCAACCAGUGUUAUGGAGUCCUGGGAGUGUUGGAUUAUCUGCAUGGAACAGAUGAUGUGUUCAGACAAAGCAAAGCCUACAAGAGACACAGGGUCCUCCUCAGCCUCACCCCGCUCUCCAAAAGCAUCCCUGAUAUACCAAGAGAGCAGGGUGAACCCUCCAGGCUGCAGCUCCUGCAGAGCCCAGGGAUAAGGAGAGGAAGAGACAAUGAUUUACACUAAUAUUUUACUUGUGAAACAAGUUAUUAUUCACACGUAAUGAAUCUCAAAACUGAACUUAAACACAAUACUUGAGAUGACUUCAUGUACUGCCUGUUAUUCUCCACCUAAAGCAUGAAAAAACAACUCUAGAAAGGUAUUUCUAAACCACUGCACUACUUCUUGGUUCCAGCUGCCUGCAUGUAAGAUGAAUUCUAGGCUACGUGGUUUCAAGACUUGCUGAAUUUUCACUGUUAAGGUUAUAGCUUCUCAUAGACCAUGUCAUGGCCUCUUCCAGCAGCAUUCUCUAACAAUACCAGUAAGGUCACUGUAACUACAUACACAGGAAUCAAGCCCACAUGGCUUCAGACAUCUCCCCUUCAUGCACGUAACAGGCCUGCUUUUCCUUCAGCAGUUUUUCCACUCUGUAAGAUGCAGGUCUGAUUUCAGGGCUGUUCAUCCUCAUCAACACUCCACAAACCAACCUCUGCAAAUGUAGAGUUUCUCCCACAGGAAAGGUAAAGACAUUUGGAGCUAAGAUUAUAUGGGGGGAAACAAGAAGCCUCUCAGUCACUGUCCCCACAAGAAAGGAGGUCCCUUCAGCCUGAAAUCCAACUGACAAGUCCUGCUACAUCAGCUCCUACUUGCAAGCCUCGUGUGUCAGCUCAUGGCAGCAGCUCUUCCUGCACUGUCCUCCAGAUCCUCCAACCACCCUGCGCCAGCCAGCCCAUCCGCAGAGCCUACAGCCCUCUGUGGAAAACACAAUGGUUAGCACAACAGAAAACCCAAACCGCACUGUCUUUUGAAGUUUUUAUUUUUAUACAUUUUUUUUUUGUAUUAAAAAGGAAAAAGCAUAAUUACCACAAAUUACAAAGGACUAAAGCAUUACUAGAAUAAUGAAUCACAUCAGCCUAGAAAGCAGAUACUCUGAAUAAUAUUAAUGUUAUAAUACAAGCUCUCAUUCAAGUAUUUUACAUUUUUCUCUUUUCCUUUUAUAUGCGAUGAUGAUCCUAGCACAUGGGUCAAAGAUUAUGUACUAUCGACAGAAGAUGGAUCAUGUACAGCGGGCCAUAUUAACAAGAUUUUCCUCCCAACUGAUAAAUGGUCUGUGAUGAGUCAUUUU